CACACAUUUUCUUCGCAAACAUUUUUCCCUCUUCGACUCCCAUCUAUGGUUCCACCUGUUUCCGCCAUCCAUUUCCUCCCCCAAAUUCAAACUUGGGUCUCACAAACCCUACCUUCCUCACUCUAUACUGACACAGUACAUUCAUCUAGUUUCUCUCUCUAAAAUAAUAUUCCAAUACUCGUGAUGAGGAGGGGUACUAAGAGGAAGACAACUCACAAGGACGCAGCACCGACACAGCCGGAUGAGGAGCCGAAUAGCGGCCCGAGCCAAUCGUUUCAGGGGAGCAAGGAUGGGCCGGCAGAGGAGAACCACGUAGAACAACCGGAAAGGGAGGAGCCCAUCCAGAAAGACGAGGUGGAGAAGAAAGUUCGGGAGGAGCCGACUAAGAAAGUGGCCAAGGGAAAAGCUAAGCGAGCCAAAACUGCGAAGCCUGAGUAUUUUUCCGAGAAGCGUAACUUGGAAGACUUAUGGCUACAGGUUUUUCCAGUUGGUACAGAGUGGGAUCAAUUGGAUACGGUGUAUCAGUACAAUUGGAAUUUCUCAAAUCUGGAAGAUGCAUUUGAAGAAGGUGGAGAAUUAUAUAAUCAAAAAGUCUAUCUCUUUGGCUGUACAGAGCCGCAGUUGGUCUCUUUUCAAGGUCAAGGGAAAGUUACAAUGAUCCCUGUUGUGGUUGCUGUGGUAUCUCCUUUUCCUCCUUCAGACAAAAUUGGAAUUAAAUCGGUACAGAGGGAGACAGAAGAAAUUGUUCCUAUGAAGCAGAUGAAAAUGGAUUGGGUUCCGUACAUCCCACUGGGAAAUAGGGAUUCUCAAGUUGAAAGACUUAAAUCUCCAAUUUUUAUUUUGAGCUGUAUCCAGAGAAGGGCUGGACUAAAACAUUUGAAGUUGGAGCGCGUGAAGAAGUUUGAGUACUGCUUACCUUACUUCUACCAUCCCCUUCAGGAAGAUGAACUUGAACAGAGCACCGUAGUGCAAAUCUUAUUUCCAAUAGAUCCAAAACCGGUUUUCUGUGAGUUUGAUUGGGAACUUGAUGAACUUGAGGAGUUCACGGAUAAACUUAUUGAGGAAGAGGAGUUGGCUGCAGAUCAAAAGGAUGCCUUUAAGGAAUUUGUCAAGGAGAAAGUCCGAGAAGCCAAAAAAGCUAAUCGCGAGGCAAGGGAAGCCCGCAAAAAGGUGUUGGAAGAAAUGAGUGGAGAAACUAAGGCUGCAUUUGAGAAUAUGAAAUUCUACAAGUUUUAUCCCAUGCCUUCACCUGACACUCCCGAUGUAUCUAAUGUCAAGUCUGCCUUCAUCAACAGAUACUAUGGGAAGGCUCACAAGGUUUUAUGACAUGCCAAGAACAGGUUUUCGGUCAAGAGAAAGUAUCCCUUACUUGCAACUGAAUACUUGGUGGUAGAUUUUAGCUCCGGAGAGGAAUGGAGCUGCACAAACAAGUAAAUUCAUCUGGGACAGGACUGGGCCAUUCUUGCCUUAUAAAUUAUCAACUUAAAAGGAGUUUUAGACUAGGGAAACAAGGGGGGAAAGCAAAAAAAAUGUUGCUGUCACCAUGCCCUUUUCUAGUUAUAAAAAAAUAAUUUGAGGUUCUCGAUUUUGGUACCAACUAAUUAAAUUUACAAGCUGUGAAUUCUUUGUUCCAUUCUGUUGAAUGCUCAUCAAAUUUUUAAUCUUCUUUGGUAGUAGUUGCUACCAAAUUCAUGUGUUGUAAGAUCGGCGAUUAUGGAUAGUUUCAUCUCUUUUAAAAAAUCAAAUUUUUGUAGUUAGUCA